GAUAAGGAGAAGAAGAAGAAGGAGAGUAUUCUGGACCUCUCCAAGUACAUCGACAAAACCAUCCGGGUGAAGUUCCAGGGGGGCAGAGAAGCAAGUGGCGUCUUGAAAGGAUUUGACCCUCUUCUGAACCUUGUGCUUGAUGGUACCAUUGAAUAUAUGCGAGAUCCAGAUGAUCAAUACAAAUUAACAGAAGACACACGUCAGCUGGGACUUGUGGUCUGCAGAGGGACUUCUGUGGUUCUUAUUUGUCCACAGGAUGGAAUGGAAGCUAUUCCAAACCCUUUCAUUCAGCAGCAAGAUGGCUAAUGCUUUCUUUGUAUUGUCUCUGAAGACUUCAAGGGUACAAAUCAUCAGAGAAAACUACCUGUGUGUGAGAAGCUUCCUGUUUUGGGAGAGGAGUUUGAAUGUAGUGUGAAAGAACAGUCAACUUUUAUUUUUGUCGCUUUCCAUAAAUGAUGAGAGGAUGGUGCAUGGUGUAUAAGGAGUAAGUUCUGAUUCCUGCCACCCCCAAUAAAUGUGUAACUAUGUUGUUUAGAGCUGACAGGAGAGAAUAAUACUGUCAUGGAAUUGUCUGAGACCCUCUUGAUCUUCUAAGUUUUGAAAAAAACACAUGAAAUUGGUAAAGAAUGCCCUGAAUAUUGGUUCUGUUAUUUACACUUUUAAAUACAUUAAAAAUGUAUUUAAUCUAAAUCUAUCUAAAGCCAUUGGAACAUGUUUUUCUUCCUCUUAGAUGUCAGUACUCAGCUGGGAAGCAUUGUGUUGUAGUCUUCCUGCUG